UUCGGGAUAACUGUUUACUUUAUCGUUGAGGAGAUGAAAUCGUCACUUGCGAUCCUGUUGUCCCUUUGCGCUUUCACAUUCCUUUUCUGCUUUACUUUACUUAUUUCAUCACUGGAGAGGAAGUAUGCUGCAAAAAAAUCGCUAAGUUCAGUAACUUUAUAUAUUGUCACUGCCACCUACAAGCGGCUUGUGCAAAAAGCGGAGCUCACGCGACUUUGCAAUACCUUCAAAAAUGUACGAAAUAUCCACUGGAUUGUUGUUGAAGACAGCUCGGAAAGACAAAAGUUAGUAGUCAGUCAAAUGCUUUUGUUUAUUCCUUUUCUGUUUACGAGACCGGCAGCGAAAGGUUUACACGUGCAACGAGGUAGCGUAACUCACCGGGACAAGUGA